ACUUCAUAGUUCAUUCAUUCAUUCAUCUACCCAUGAUCAUCCUCUCUCUCUCUCUCUCUCUCUCUCUCUCUCUCUCUAGAUUUAUAGUACCAAGUAGGAGUACUACUUAACAAAAAUGGUGCAACCAACUAAGUUCAGAGGUGUCAGGCAACGCCAGUGGGGUUCUUGGGUCUCCGAAAUCCGCCACCCAUUACUGAAGAGGAGGAUUUGGCUAGGCACAUUUGAGACGGCUGAGGCAGCUGCAAAGGCAUAUGACCAAGCAGCCAUAUUGAUGAAUGGACAAACUGCCAAAACAAAUUUCCCACCAAGCAAGGACUUAGGUGACAAAAAGCCCAUCGAAGAAAGCCCAAGCCCAACAAUGUCAGAUAUCCUCACUGCAAAGCUUAAAAAAUGCUGCAAGGGCCCAUCCCCUUCCCUUACUUGCUUGAGGCUUGACCCAGACAAUUCACACAUCGGAGUCUGGCAGAAGCGGGCCGGGCCGAGUUCGGGCUCGAGCUGGGUCAUGAGGUUCCAGUUGGGGAAGAGAGAAAAGAAGACUGAAGAAAGACUGGAUGGCGUGUCGUCCCCGGACUCGUCAUCGGUGAGAUCUCAAGUGGAGAGUGGUGGUGGUGGUGUUGAUGAAGAGAAUAGAGUUGCCAUGCAAAUGAUUGAAGAACUCCUUAGUUGGAAUUAUCCAAUAAUGCCUUCUUCUUCACCACCAAAUGGAAUUGAGGGAGGAAAUAAUUCCUACCCCUUUUAGCAAAUACUAUAAGAUAAGAGACUAGGGCUCUCCUCUGUAGAUGGCUCCCUUUUUCUACCGAUUUGUACAGUUGCCAAUCAUAAGAGAAAAUGAUGCAUUAGUUACCAA